AUGUCGGGCUCCUCCCCGGGCAUCAGCCCGGGGUUGGGCUUGUCGUUCUCUCCGCAAGUGGCCGCGGAUGGGAGCCGGCGGUCGGACCGGCGCUUGUCGGAGGACAUCCUCCGCGGCGGCUCCAUUCUUUCGGUGGAAGAGGUGGAUGAGGACCGCUUUCGGAGGAUGACGGACUUGCCGAACAUGUCCGAUAUCCACGCCUGGAUGCAGCAGAUGCAAUUGAGCAUGAAGAGGAUCGAAUCGUCGUUGUCCUCACAGCAUGACAUCAUGGAGGAUGUCCGCUCCAAGGUGUGGGCCUUGUCCAAAGGAAAGUCCUUCGGGAAGCCCAUCUCCCGAAAGAACUCCCCCGACCCGGCGACGGCGUCCUCGCCCUCCAAAACCCUCAGCAGUUUGGGUGUGAAGCCCACACACAGCCGUGCGCGGGCAGAGAGUGGCAGCGAUUUUCAGGGACCUGUGCCCUCGAUGCUGACGAAUUCACUGGAAGAGGCGCCCUCAGUGCCCGGCCAGGCUUCAACGCCUUUGCAAGGCGGUUCCAUGGUGCCUGGGAGGGACCUGAGCGUGGAUGAGGUACACAGUAGAGAACAACCGCAUUUCUCCACCAAGUCCUUGGGCGUCAGCAACUAUGGCUACCGGGAGAAGGCCAGCAGCUCCACCCGGCGGAAGAGCGAUCCAGGGGACCUCUCUGAACGCGACCGGCAGGAAAGGGAACCCAAGACCUCCCUGAGCGGAUUCGACAAGGGACGGCUGAACUUCCUGCGAACGAAAAGCCGAAAAGCUACGCAAUCGCAGUAUGGUGUGAUGGAUGAGUUGGAGGCGCAGACCGCGCGCGUCUUGCACAAGUCCAGCCGGCACAACACCCGGAUGCACUCCAUCGAAGAGAAUCACUUCAGCCGAAAGGGGUCCAAGGAGGAAAGCUCUCGGAAGCGAGGCUCCAAAGGCUCCUCCGUGUUAUGCUUGGAGCUGCCGGGAGAGCUCGACAGCAUUAUCCCGGACUCCGCGAAGGUGAAGUCUGCAUCGAAGUCUGCAUCGGCGGGAGAGGAGGGGUCCAGCUCCCCGAGCGAGGAAGAUGACCACUUCGGCUCAGAGGAGGUCCCAGAGCACAGUAGCAGCAAGGUGAAUCACCUUAAGAGCAGCCGAAAGCGGAUUUUGGUGCGGUGUCGCCGGGUGAGCUUGGAAGAGUUGAGGGACAAUCAUGAUAGUGAGCUGGUGAAUUACAAAAGCGCCAACGAAAGGCACAAUGGGCACAAUACCGCCAACACCACUGACCUGAACCGGAUGAGUCCAGUUCUUUCCGAUGAGGACAGUGAGCAGGCGCCAAAUGGUAGUGCACUGUCAAAGGCCGCACGGGUCUUGCUGGCUUUGGUGGGGAUUCUAGACUACCAGGAUGGCUUGUUGUGGCGCAUCUUGUCAUUUUGCAGCAUCCUCUUUCCAGUUGGUGUUUCUACAACCUUCUUCGUCACGAGUUUGAUGGCUGGUGCAGAGCCUCGAGCGUUCAGCACCUACAUUUGCAUUGUUGGAUUGGACAGCGAUCUGGCCUUCGAGGCCCGUCAUGAGACCUUCGCCACCUUUCCGGAUGUUGAAGUGACCUCCAACCCCGGUAGAGCUGGAGACGAUCAGCAGGAACCUUUCGAGCCCGAUGCCCCUCGGCGUAGUGAUUAUGCUGAGGUCCCUCAGGAUGAUGACCAAAGGUGGACUGCUGCCGAAUGGCGGGACUGGCAACGCAAUCGCUGGUCAUGGUGGGAAGAUAGCUCUUCCAUUGCCCCUUGGCCUGAAGAAGAAGAGGUGAAAUGGGAACAGUUUGAGUUUGAUGAUGUUCAAAUUCUCCCCCAAGAGUUGUUGGGUUGGUUGCUGCUGCGCCGCAGUGGAUUGCCUGCUGCCGCCCGGCUUUCGGUGCUGAGCGCCAUCAACAACAAGCUCGAUCUGGAAACCAUGGAACGAGCGAUGAGAGAUCAGGAGGAGGAGUUGCUAAUGGCCGAACAUCAUCGAGCACCUCAUCUCGCUCGACCUCGACGUUCCUUUUGGGUUGAGCAGGACUCUGAAUGGGGACUUUUGAAUGAACCCGACAUGGAUGAGGUCGAAGAAGCUUCGAUCUACUGGGUUGGUGAUCGUUUGCCUCCUGAGGUCUAUCCUUCAUGGGAAGAACCUGCUACAGCCUGGACUUCAUGGUCACCCGAUGGCCAAGAGCUGACCUGGACCUGGCAGGAGGACGACUUCUAUGCUCAGGACAUGGCCGGAGCCUUUUGGUCAUGGACUGAGUACAAAGAAUGGUUGGACGCAGAAGACAUGGCACUUUCCAACCCCGAUGACUCAGAGAACAUUUUUGCUGUUUAUGCCGCCUUCCAAGAAAAGAUGAGAUCCUUUCGGGAUAGCAGGAAGUUGAACUAUGCUAAGCAGCACUCACGUGGUUACUACCCCCUCUCCAUGUUCAAGGGCAAGUCCAAAGGGAAGGGCAAAAAGGGGAAACCCAAAGGUUCUUUUGGUUCACCACCAUCAUCCACCUCGACAGCACUGGCCAGCUUUCAGAAGGGCAAGGGUUCUUCGGGCACUCAGCGCCCUGGGAACCCUGAGUAUCGCGGAUGCUUCAUCUGCGGUUCAAAGGAGCAUGACUUUCGCUCGUGCCCUCGCCGGAAUGGGGAUUCAGGAACAUCUUCAUCGGCAAGGCCAAACUACUUCCAGAACCAGGUCUUCGUGAUCCUCUCGGUGGAUGACAGCGAGACCACCGUGCUGACAGCAGAUGGUGAGGACACAGCCUCAUCCUUGGCUGCAGUGGCCGUUGAAUACCCUGGCCAUGCAGUGAUUGAUUUGGGAGCGACGGAAUCCCUCGCGUCGCUAGAUGCCCUGCAGGAGAUCAUGAACCUGCGGUUGAUCAAGUUUGGAUGA